AUGUUUUUUUCAACUCACACAAUUUAUGGCAAUCAGUUAAUUCAAGGCAUUCUCUUGACGCAAGCACAAUUGGUAUCAUCAUCACGUAAAGACGAAGGAGAGACAAAAGAAAUUGGAGAUCCAGUGCUUGACUUGUGCUUUGAUAUUUCGAAUCGCUUACCUUUGUGUUUUGAUGAGAAAGCAGCCGCUGUAAAAUAUCCAGUCGAAUACACAAAUUCGAUGAACACAGUGCUUCGACAAGAGCUCAUCAGAUUCAAUCGUCUAUUGACAUUCAUUAAAGAAUCAUUGAAUGACACUCGCAGGGCUAUUAUUGGGCAACUUGCAAUGAUUCCUGAACUUGAAAAAAUUCACAAAGCUAUGUCAAUUGGAGCAAUGCCAGAAGCUUGGGCUAAAAAGAGUUAUCCUUCGCUUAAACCUCUCGGGUCUUAUAUUAAUGAUUUUAUCGCUCGAUUAAACUUCUUCCAACGAUGGCUGGAUGAAGGUGAACCAACAGUUUACUGGCUGGGUGGUUUUUAUUUCACUCAAUCUUUCCUCACCGGUGUUUUACAAAAUCAUUCUCGUAAAAAUCAUUUACAAAUCGAUCAUCUGCAUAUGAAAUUUGAUGUUACUGAUUUCGAAUUGGAAGUCCAAGAACAACCUGAAAUUGGUGUUUACUUAAAGGGAAUUUUCUUGGAAGGUGCACGUUGGAACCGCACUGAGAAAAAGUUGGACGAAGCUUGGCCAAAAAUACUUUUUGAUACGCUUCCGGUUGUGACAAUGACGCCUAUGAUGAAAUCGUUGGAAUUGUUGGACGAAAAAGAAUCAAAUUACAACUGCCCAAUGUACCGUACAACUGAAAGACGUGGUGUUCUAGCAACAACUGGUCAUUCAUCGAACUUUGUCAUGUUUAUUCAAUUGAACACCGAUAAAAGCUCUAACCAUUGGUUGAAUCGAAGCACGGCUUCUGUUUUGAGUCUUAAUCAUUGA